GAGAGGAAAUGAGUUUUGGUUAAUAUGCAAUGUUCGUAAUUAGCAUAAUUUAUAUAUUUAUGAUAAAGAGAGGGAAAUACAUAAUAUUCGGUCUCUUGGCACGGAUCGAGAUGAUUUCCGUCGCCUGUGCUCCGUGCUUGCUGCUUGUCCUUAAAAGUGGUCGACGCGGCGAGACUUUUAUUGGCCAGGAUGGGGGUGGGGAGCCCAUCAACACCCGCUGAAGUUUUUGACAGAUCCCCAUAUCUAACGGGGCAUUGCAGCAGGAAACGCGCCGUCUCGAGUGUUUUUGCGAUCCGUGGUGGACGCGUAACCACUUAACGUCCACGACCAGCGUGUUUGAUCACGUUUUCUGCAGCUUAAGUGCAAAACAGUAUGGCCUGUUUACAGGCCCCUUCCAAAUUGUCUACUCGUGCAAUGACUAUAAUAGCAAUGAAUUGAAAAGAAAGGAAAAAAAAACUGUCCUCUGCAUUUGGUUCUGUUUAAGCUGGGUUUGUCAUUAAAGUGCAGAGACUGUGGGCUUAUACGGAAAACUUGAUACAUAUUUUAAUUUCUAAAAUGCUUCCACAUUUUUUAAAUCACUUUUUUUCAUUUUUGUUUACCCAGAAUGCCAGGAAGACAGUGAUUGUGGUGGUGCAGCAAGCCAUGAACUCCCAGGAUCUGCCUGCCAAAGAUGCCCCACUUACUGUCAAUGAGCAGCCAUUCACUGUCUGACUGCAGAAGUCUUUUUUCAGCCAUUUAAAUCCUGCACUUUGAAAUUCCCUGCCAAAGACAACCAGGUCAUUGUGAUGUCUGGCCAUGAAACCAUUCGAGUGCUAGAAGUAGAAGUCGAUGCGUCUUCAGCCUCUUCAGCAGCUGAUGGGAAGGGCGAAUGCAAAACUGAUGAGGGAGUGGCUGAAGCUGGAGAGCAACCUGAUGCCAGCAGCACCCAGGACAGCCCCACAGUGCCCCAGAGCACAGGGGGUGGUGUAGUGCUGGGUGAGCAGCAGGUGGUGUCUGUGGAGCCUCCAGCUCCUAUGGUCCAAACUCUGACCCCUGCUGUUCCCAUCAGCGUGUCUCUGCCCCAGCACCAGGCUGCCAUGCCCAUCACCGUGCAAGGCUGUCCACAGGUGCUGACCCAGGAAAGUCUGGCCACUCUGAUGACGGGUAUGAUGGCACAGACGGGGUCACUGGGUCAGCCGCUGCUCAUUCCUCUCAGUAUGCCGGGCUCCAUCGGCGGCCAGGGCGGUUUGGCUGUUCUCACUCUUCCUACCACCAAUGUAGCUACUCUCCCUGGUCUCACAGCGGCUAACCCAGCUGGAAAUCUCCUCAAACUGCCCUUUGCUGGCUUUCAAGCUGCAACCGUCCUGAACUCAGUCCAGCCUCAGCUGCAAGCCAAUGCACAGGCGGUGUUCCAGUCUCAGUCAGCACCCAUUCAGCAGGUGCAAGCAGCCAUGCAGCAGGUGACACCUCAGGCACCCCAGGUAACCAGUGCACAGAUUACUGUUGCUCAGGUGGGAACAGCCCAGACGACCACUGCCACCAACACCAUCUCUCCAUCCAACUUGUCAGUGGCAGCCCUUCAGACUGCAGGACUCUCCAUUAACCCCGCUAUUAUCAAUGCUGCUUCCUUGGGAGCGCAACCGCAGUUCCUCAGUUCCCUUACGUCCACUCCCAUCAUUAACAGUGCCAUGUCCAGCAUGGCUGGAAUCACCAGUCAGAUCAUCACAAAUGCCCAGGGACAGGUCAUAGGGACACUCCCACUUUUAGUGAACCCAGCCUCUCUGGCUGGAGGAGCUGCAACUCCCACACUUCCGCUCCAGGGUCUCCAGGUCCAGGCUGUGGCCCCACAGCUGCUUUUUAACACACAGGGACAAAUCAUUGCCACUGUAGGGAAUGGUCCUGCUGCAGUCGCAACUUCUGCAGCAGUUCUACCUAAAACCACAGCUCCUCCAACACUUACCAAACCUAGCACACAGGCUUCAGUAACAACUGUCACCCAGUCACCGGUUGUCAUUGCCCCACAGCCGACUGUACUAAAGACCGCCACCACACUCUCCUCCACAGUUCCCAUCACCUGUGGAGAGACAGCAAAAGUGGGCCAGCUUGUCAGCAAACCCCAGCAGGCAGUCAGCACAGAGGAGGGCAUUAAUCUGGAGGAAAUUCGAGAGUUUGCCAAGAAUUUCAAGAUCCGUCGGCUGUCCUUGGGGCUUACUCAGACACAAGUAGGGCAGGCUCUUACUGCAACUGAGGGUCCAGCUUACAGCCAGUCUGCCAUUUGCAGGUUUGAAAAGCUGGAUAUCACCCCUAAAAGCGCUCAGAAGCUAAAGCCUGUGUUGGAAAAGUGGCUGGCUGAAGCCGAGCACUGGAACCAGAAAGGCCAGCAAAAUCUGAUGGAGUUUGUCGGUGGGGAACCUUCCAAAAAACGCAAGAGGCGUACUAGUUUCACACCUCAGGCAAUAGAAGUCCUCAACUCCUACUUUGAGAAGAAUGCUCUGCCAACAGGGCAGGAGAUUACAGAGAUUGCAAGAGAGCUAAACUAUGACCGAGAGGUUGUGCGUGUAUGGUUCUGCAACCGGAGACAGACACUGAAAAACACAAGCAAGAUCAACGUUUUCCAGGUUCAGUAGUGACCUCAUUCUGGGAGAUUUUCUAACCGAUCUUUUAUCCUUUUGGGAAUUUGAACAUGUAAUUCAGCAGCACAGAAGUGAAUUGUGUUGUAAAUAUGACUCCAUGAAGGUUGAAAAAAUAGCAACUUUUUGAGAAAAUGAAGAAAUUACACAGAUCUUUUGAAAGAGUGCUAAAACUGAAGUAUAAUUGUGUUCUACUUGUUUACACUACUUUUGUGUGGUGCAUACUAAGUCAAACUGCAUGGUCCUCUUACCUUAUACAGUGAUAUUAACAUGUUAUAUUUAAAACAGUUCAUGAACUUUUAUACAAGUGGUUUUAUAGGCUAUCCCUCUGACUUAUGUUAAGUGGUUAUGUAUUAAGUCACAUUGAGUUUAGUUACAUGUAUGUCACGCUGCGACAAUGGCUUGAUAUUUGAAUAUGAAUAUGCUUGGGUCAGAAUGGAUAAUGUGAAAUUUCUAGCUGCUUUAAUUUAUAUCCAGAAAGUAUUUGUCCUGCAUGAGCAGCUCUGCAAACAUAAAUGCAAUGUUGACUGACUGACAUAGGACUCUGCAGGCUGUGGCUCUGCAGAGUAGUGGUUUACACAUUUGCCUAACAGGAGAAAGAUCCUGAGUCCUCACAAGGAGGACACACAAAUCUCUUUGGGGUUGCAUCGGGAGGGCAUCCAGCAUGAAAAUUCCAAAUCAAACACGUGGAGCUACCUGCUUAGGUGACCUCCUGUGAGUAAAGGAGAGGCUGAAAGUAGCUUCUUUUUCUAUAAGACUUUACAGACUAUAUUAACAUUCAUUUCAUCAGAUUUAUUAGGUCCAAUAAGCCCUAAAAGUCACAGACUCCUGAUUGUGUUUUGGGACAAUCAUAACUUUGAUAUAUUUAGUUGCUCAUCAUAAAGGUGAGCUUAAAAUCUGUGCUCAUCCUGUCGGUAAUGGAUGUAAGGUUUCUUUUUCUUUUUUGCACCUGUGUGAAAUGUGUGACACUGCUCAGUGUCCAUGGGUAACAAGUUAAGUUAUGAAACUAGCAUUAUAGCUUGGCCUGUCAUCUAUGGUGCCACAAGUGUAAACUUCUUUUUUUUUCGUGACGCUUUGUUUGUUUGUGACUAACUGAUUGUGCAAAUGCUCAUAACGUUUGUAUGUGAAUUCACCGUCAUCUGACCUAUUUUUACACUUUUUUUCUUUACUCUUUUUUAAUUCUGCUUUUAGGUGCUCAUAUUACUCUGAGAGUAUCUUUUGCUUUCUCUUUGCUCAUUGCUUUGACUGUUACAUUUUUCAUCUUGAGUUUGAUUAAGUAUAUUUGGAAAAUGGGAGCUUAAUUGGUCUAUUAUGAAGUCGAUUUAAAGCGGUGUCAUACCGUUUGAAACAUUAGUAGCAUUUUUAGGCACUCUUAAUAAGCCUAAUAUCAAUCAAAUUGAUUAAGUAAAUUUAAAAAAGUGUGUAAUUAACUGUUCAGUGAAGGAAAGCAGUUUGUGGUUUGGUGUGUUAUGAUAUUCAGCCUAAGCGCUUAGUGAACACUUUGCACAUGCAGUAUAAAGCUACUUUCUGUGAUGGAAGAAAACAAAAAACAGUCUUCUUUACCGAUGUUUCAAGGAUUCUUUGCACUUUAGUGACAGUGAAAGGGUUAUGAAUGGUUAAUCUACAGUCAAGGUUUCAGUUUUGUUUUUGAAAGAAUUCCGUCUUUGCUUUUUAAUGUGCUUGAACAGUACGAAGCUUUGCAAAAUGUAGCAGUACUGGCAACAGUGCAGCCAUCAACCUGACAAGCAACAUCUAUUAUUAAGAUUCGCUUCCUUUUUAUGCAGAUAAAAUGUCAAAUACUGCAAAGUAUAAAGGCUAUUAUUAUUCUGUUAUGAGUUUGUGAAACGAAUAAUACAUUUUAUGUUCCAGUUAAUAUUUACCUUUUGAAUGACGGUAUGAAGGCCUUUGUUGCGGUGGACAUGUACCUAACCAUAAAGUAAUAAAUAUUACAAAGGUUUUGUUUGCCUUGGUGAUCAGAAAGGGAAGGCAAUAUAUCAUAUUGAUUAAUAUAAGUUGUCCAAUAAGAUAAAUUAGAUUAAUAAUAUGAAAGUUAUAUUAAUUUGAUUCAACAACAAACAUAAAGCUUUGUGUUUUUGGAGGAGAAGGGAAAAAGAAAAUUGGAAGCUGUUGGGUUUUUUUUAUAUAAUUUUUUUGUCAAAUAAAUAAACCCAUCUUUAUUACUUAC